AUGCCGUUGCGUUGUGUGAUGAACCGCAACACUAGCAGCAAGCACCGCACCAGUAAAAAAAGAAGGAUCAGGAAGAAGGAAAAAAAAGACCGAUAUUUUAUGGUAUCGGGAAGGUACAAGCCCCUCGUUUCAACGGGUCUUCAUCUGGAAGCCGCGCCGAGACCUCCUGCGCGAUUGUUGACGACCGUUUUCUUGUGCGCAGGUCAUGAGCCCCAAACAUCGUUUUGCUGGACUCGCUUCACAUCUUCAUUUUCGGCUUCGUUGAGAAGUCAAUGGAUCGGUACCGCAAUCAUCUACUCCUUUCUUUUUCCUGAUCUUUUUUUCUUGUUGAUGUGUAGUUUAGUACGAGGUCGGACGAUGAAGGUAGCAGGAGUGACAGCAGGUGCAGGACCGCAUCCUCGUGUCACAGCAUUGCUAUUGCUUCGUGUCCCGCAACAUGGCUUCCAAAGAAGUAGAGUUUCACCUCGUGUUUACGCGGAAUGAAGAAGAAAGCAGUUGUGUUGAAGUGUGGAUUUCCUGUCUUCUGAGGAGCUGAGUCUUGUAUGUUAACGUUUGAGAUUGCUGCCAUGAAUGAAAGAGUUUAAGCUCGUUCCAAUCCGAUCAAUAAUAUUACAGCUGCUGCUCGUUCGCGCGUGCGACGCCGCUUCCUUUUGAUAUCCGCCCCUGCCUACUUACAUGUGAUGCGAGCGUAGCACGUGCGUCGAACCCACCAUCUGCCUCUGGGUACAUUCGGGCGCACGCGCAGGAGCUGCGUGAAGAUCAUUUGCCGCUUUGCUGCCAGCGAGCCUGGCACGCCGUUCGCUCCGAGCAGGUGGUCCGGGUCGCCACCUUACCUUCGGCGAGGCGCACCGGCGCCGCACCAGCGCUGUUUUUGCCGCAGCCGCUCCUACCGGGCGAUCAUUGUGUAUUCCGCGGCAACCUCGCUAUACGUGAAGCGUAGCGAUCGCGCGGGCCAUGAGCCUUGCUAGGGAGUGGAGCUAAAAUGGCGAAACAUCAGGCGGAGAAGUGUUGACAAAGGUAAAGGCGCAGCUGCCCACGUAAAUGAUCAUUUGUCGACAUCACGACUGCAGGCACCACUUGGAUUUAUAUCUACUACAGAUGUUUUUUUUGAAAAGCUAAAGCAAAAGAGGCACAAUGCUUCCGCCUGCCGUGCGGCAACUACAAGACGCCAAUUUAUAAGUCGGCGCAGCAUGAUGUUGAUGACUGCUUAGCGCCCCUUCUUCUACGGGUUGCAGCGUAUCUUCUUGAUUUCGCGUAACAAGAAACCACAAAAUCGAGCCUGGCGACAGUAUCGCGAGGAAGGGCAGCGCCUUCUGAUGUGUACUAAGUGCAAACGGUGGGGGUC